CCCCAGUCAGUGCCGGAUUGCUGCUUACAGCACGUUGCCCACUGUUUCCCACCCAGGCAUUGCAGGGCUGGCACUUCUCACAGGCAAGUGUGUUCCCUGCCCGCAGUCUCCCAGCUUUGCUUUGCACCAGGAAUUACAAUGAAUUUUGCAGCACAGUUUCUCUACUCCAGGGUGUUAAAAAACAGAACUCCCAGGGACCACUCCAGGGAAGAUGAAGACUACGAUCCUUUCUGGCAAAGGUUGGAGAAUAUUGCUGUCUGACUUAGAGCUAGAGCUCUCCUUUCUCCCCCUCAGGGGUCAUGGUCAGCCCUCAGGGUCCACCCAGGGCCAGGCCCACGGACAUGACAACCCCUGGACCCCUCCUGCCUCCUUAUGGUGUCGUAGUUGGAGUUUUGCUUCACCUCGUUGUUUAUUUAGUCGCUGUGCUGUAUAGGGAUGACAAUAAAAUAAAGAAACAUGAUGCCCCAGCACUUUGUGAUCUUCACUGUUGUAAGGAUGGGCCUAUAAGAAACGGCCUUAUUGGGCAGAAUCCACCCCCUAUCAACCCUGAGAGACUGAAAGAUUUUGAUGAGGAGGACUGCCUGAAUGGGGAUGUGAAGACAUGGGAAAUGAAGAUAGUGAACCGUAAUGAGGAGUUACUUAGGGAUGCCCUUUCCCACAUCCCUCAGUCAAGCAGUAGGACCAGCCUGUCAAGCUGUAACAAGCUGAUUCGAUUUGAAGAUAUUAGUGCAGCAGCUUUCAAAAUCCAGUGUGGUGUUCAGAAAACCCCAUGCAUGUAUUCUAGGCUAUCCAAGCAGUAUGGAAUGGACAUCUACCUAAAGAAAGAGUUCCUUCAGUACACAGGAUCUGUGAAGGAACGAGGUGUACUUUACCUUCUGACAUCAUUGCCUCAGGAUCAGCAAAAAAAAGGAGUGAUUGUGGCUUCGGACAGUAACUUUUCCACGGCUGUUGCUUACCACGCCUCAGAGCUCCAUAUACCGGUGUUUGUCAUCAUGUCAACCAGCACGUCCCCAGCCAGAGUGAAAAUGUGCCGUGAGUACGGUGCCAUGGUUAUAUCCUAUGGCACUACAGCUAAGGAUUCCCAGACACAUGCAAGAAGGUUGGCGCAGGAGAAUGGUUACCUCUACCUUGAAGAGGAGGACAGUGCUGUCUACCUGUCGGGCCUGGGAACCGUGGGGCUGGAGGUGUACGAGCAGGUCCCAAAGCUGGACGCAGUGAUUUUCCCUGCAGGAGGACACUGUGGCUUGCUGGCAGGGUCGGCUGCUGCACUCAAACACCUCAACCCACAUAUUUCUGUAAUUGGGGUUGAAUCUGAAAGUUUCCCUGUAUUGCAACGAUCCUUAAAGGCUGGCCACCCAAUUGAAGACCAGGCUUGCAGCAAUCAUCACUUUUAUGGGGAUGUGAGUGGACUUUGCUUUGGCAGCAAUUCUUUGCAGUUGACUGGGAAACUUGUGGAUAAAGUUGUUGCUGUGAGGGAGGAGGACAUCCUCAUUUCAAUGCUGAGAUUGCUGGAGUAUGAGCGAGCCACGGUUGAUGCAGAUGGGGCCAUUGGACUUGCAGCGUUGGUUGCGGGGAAGCUGCCUGAGUUGAAGGGUAAAAGAGUGGCAGUUGUUAUAUGCAGUGGAAACCUGGAGUUACAUUUGCUGCAGCAGUGCAUAGCUCGUGCUCUGACCCUCGAUAACAGAGUGUGCAGAUUUUCCCUUGUGCUUUCUGACUGCCCAGGAGGCAUUUCAAAGCUACUGGAGUUUUUGGCUCGGGAAGAAGCAAGAGUUUUGGAUAUCAAACAAGAACAUAUGUUUGUGACAUCUGAGCUCUUCACUGUCGAGGUCACCUGCACCGUGGAGACCAGAGACGAGAUCCACACAGCCCAGCUGAGAAACGCGCUCCUGGAACGCUACCCCACAGCUGCCUGGACGGAGCGGUGAUGGGCACAGCACAAGGGAAAGGGCUGAGCUCCUAUGACAAGUAUUUUACAGAGCCCUAGUCUUGAGUCAUUCAGAACAAAUAUUAUCUUCCAGAGCUUGAACAGUUAGAAGGUAGUUUCAGGAUAUUUAUUUCCUGCUCAAAAAGUAGUGAAUGUCCCUGGGAAUAAAGUCAAACUCAAAACUUUAGCUUAGCUAAGGGUAACUUCUAGUUUCUGCUGGUGUUGAAAAUCAAUAAUACGUUAUCUGCUGGCUGUCUGGAUUUUGGCUGUUAUGUAGGAUCUAAUGGUGUUUGAUAAAUAAACAGGGAGAAGGCGUUUUUCUUUACAUCUGAAUAUAGACCUCUCAAAGGUCUUUUGAUUUUAAUCCCCCUAGUUAGAGAAAUGCACCUCUCCUGCUGGACUUUGCCAUGCUACUAGUAUAGUAAUUUUCCAUUUCCAAACCAGAAGCAGUUCUCCAUUUGCUGAAUCUGCUUCAAGAGAUAUAUACAUGUGUGUGGGGGGGGGGUUUGAAAACACUUCUGGUCUUUGCUAUCAUGUGAGGAAAAAUUAUGCUAAUAAAAUGCUUUUUAAACAAAAACAAAAAAAAAUUGGAACAUAAAAGCCAAUAUUGCAUUCACUUUUUUUUUUUUUUCCCCCAAGGGAAAAUGUUCCUCUUUAUUUUAUAAAGUUCCAAAAACUGUUGCAGCAAUAACAAAACCAAACAUAAUCUGAAUGUAAUUAGAUCAUAUAUGCAGAACACAAAUGUAAUUCUUCCUUAUGCUUUUGGGGACUCAGUAUAAAAAGUAGGAUAUAAAAUGGCUUGUGUUUCUUUAUAAACAGGGGUCUCCACCUAUGUGAAUUUUGUAAUUAGCAUUCCACUGAUCAUCUUAGUCUGCCUAAAACAGACUCUAUCCAUCUCAUUUGAUAGAUUAAGCACACUGUUAAGAGUGAAAUAUAUUUAAACACCACAUGUUAAUAGCCAAAGGCAGUGCCAGGAGAAGAGGAAGGCUAAAUCUUAGGCACAUGGCUAAUGCAAUUAACAGAGAACACAUUGACCUAAAUACCAUUUUCAUCACUACAGGCAGAGACCAACUAAUAAGGUAACAGGGUGGGAUGGCAAAAAACGUAAGAGAAAUUCAGGCCCACUUCUGAAUGUGUGUACAACAGUUGUCUUUCCACCUGGGCAAAGUUCAGUUUAUGGCCUGCUGCAACAGAGCCAAUAUAUAUCAUUCUACUUAGUUAAUUUAACCAGGAUUGACCCAAAUUUUGAGUAUAGGUAUUUUAAUAAGAGACCUCUAGCAUGUAAACUUGAUAAUUAGGUAUACAAAAUAAAUACGAUGUAUAGUGCCCUAGCAGAGCCCAGCUGAAAAUCCACCAAGGUCAGAGUGACCGUCUCCAUGGGCUGUGUGGGAUGAAAUCAUUUCAGUUCCCACAUGCAGAGCUGGGUGGGCUGUUGCUAGGUGUCCAUGAAACCAGCUUUAACUAUAGAUUUUUUUGGGGAGAAAGAUGCUGCAAGCCCAUAGUGACACUCCGUUGUUGUCGUAUUAUGAUUUAUAAUUUGAGCUUCCAUCUUCAGUCCUCCUCUGCAGUUAGGAACAGGCUUGUUCAUGCGUUUCCUUUCCUGGUUCUGCAGUGGAAACCUUGAUCUCUGAAGCACAAUCAAGAAGUCACGUGUGGAAGAGGAGAGAUGCCCUAGGGUAGGCAAAAGUUUUCUCUGCCCUCUCUUAAUUCUAACUCAUCUGUAGGCAAGGAAGGGCAUCAUCCAGAAAGCAAGAGCAACCCAAACAGAGGGUUGCUAUGGACUAAAAAGGAUGAACUACAUAUCCAAUCUUGUGCAGAUCUCAUAUGUAUUGUAUCUACUACUUACGGAUAUCCAGCUACAUCUAUAAAUUAACCUGUGCCUGCAAGGUGUAAUGAAGAGGGAAGCAUUCUGGCUGUCUCUGCAGUACUUUUUUCUGGGACAUAGUCUGUUUGGUCCCUCUUAGUUGUGGCUCGUGAAGGAGCGGGAGUGGGGAAGAGAAUCUCACAAAUGGUGGACAAAUAAUAGAAGUUUGCUGGUUUGGUCUGUUAUUGGAAGGAUUAUGUUGGCUUGCACAUGGAACUAAAAAUUAUUGAUGCCCCAGUGGUUAGUUUCUUUCCCUUUUUGCCAUCCAGAAUGAUGGGUGGAGGGCUUGGUCUCCAGAACACAUCCUGUAAAUCCUGUCAGACGCAGCUUCUUUCUUCACAGCCAGAUUUUAAGAAAUCUGUACAGAAAUACAUGAUGACAGAAUACAUAUUGUGUAUGUGCUACUUCUAUUGAAACAAGCAAUGAACCACAUCAUCAAAGAGCAGAUUUGGGGAUGUAAAACCACUAUAAAUAAGGAUCUAAUUAUCAUCUCAUCUCUUUUGGCAUAACUCUCAGGAAAUUUGGAGGAUGUCUCGGAUAUCUACAGGAGAAGAAAAUGGGACUUUAUAACCAAUGUUCUCAGUAGUGGCCAACAGCUUCUGCUGUCUGAGUCCUUGGUUAAUUGUCCUGCAUUGUCCUAGACUUUAUUUUCUUAGAAGCUCAGAGCAUUAACAACUUCUUUUCUAAUCAGUGGGAACUACAUUUAACAAGUCUUCACAAAAGUGGGGCAACAGAGGUAAUAGAUAGAGCAAGCAGAAAUCAGUG